CCGCGUUCAUUCUGCUUUGGGCGGUCGAGGUGUUCGUCUCGCAGUUUGGUCAAAAAACUGGAAAAGCUACGAGAGCUUUGUAUUUCGCGCUGAACACGAGCGUUUACGUAUUUUGCAGUCGCACUCGAGUAUUCGCAUAUCCGUGUUUGUUGUUUGCCAGCGCGCGUGUGUGCCACUGUGUGUGUGUGUGUGUGUGUGCGUGUGAGUGAGUGUAGCUGUGUGUAGUGGUGUGACGGCCACACGCGCAACGAAAGCGAAAGUUUUGUUUGGCGCGCGUGUUGCCAUUGGCGUCUGCGAAUUUGCACACACACGUUCCCUUACCUAGAAUAGAUUAAAAGCGUGUGAAAACAAAUACGAAAAAAUACAGAAAAUAAGAAGAAAAGAUAAUGUUCAUUAUUCCCAAUGAGGGUGCAUUAAAUUAAGGGUAUCUAGAGCGGAAGAAACACGACAUCAACAUCAUUCCCGCAGCGUCUGGGCGAGAUUUUUUCAAGCUUCGUGCCUCACCUUCUGAAGGACGAAUUUAGGUCAGGAUCCGUGGGCCUUAUCACAUGACUCAUGGCGUGUCCUUUGGCAUUUGGGCUUCCUUGUGCUGCGCUUGCAUCUGCAUUUCGGCGGGCCACAUGGCGUAUGCGCAAUAUUGAUUUCUUAAGCUCACUAACUGUGACCUUUAAAGCUCGUACUUAAAGUAAUUUACAAAUUACGAAACAAACUUAUGUUAACCAGAUUUAAAUACGGCUUACUAUUAAAAUUAAAAAAAAAAUAAAUGCUCUCUGCGACUGUUUUAUUAUAUACCUCAAAUACUCGCGGGAAAUAUAAAGCAUAAAGUUCGAAUAAUGUUUUGGGCUUCAGGGACUUUCAAUGUUUACAUAUAUUGCCAGACGCACUCAAUUUUCGCAAGGGAAACAAAGUGUAACUUAAAGAAAACAAAACUUUAACAUGUUGAUGUGUUAGCCCUUUAUUUGUUUCUGUGCUGUCGAAUUCCAAGAACUAAGAUAAAAAAGUACUUCCUUCCUUUACGUAAAUAUGUUUUGGUUUUACAUCAGCCAUUAAGAGUUCGGUCAAAUCGUGUGAAAUAUUCUUGAAAUAAGCACAAAGUAAUCAUAGAGCUUUGUCUGCGAUUUGAAAGAAGAGAAAAGUAGGGAGAUUUUUCUGGGCCACUUUUGCAGCUGGUUUUUACGGCGUACUAAAAGAAGCGAUGGCUCAGCUAAAGUGAAUCAAGCUCAAGCUGUGAUCCACAAUCGACAGCUGUUUGUUUAUUUAUUUUUUUUACUCACUCUGAAGACUUUGUAUUUGCCUAACUACGAUUACUUCAAGUCAGUGAGAAACAGUGCAACGAAAUGAGCUUAAGUUCUGGGUAUUAUUAUUAUCUUCGGUUCAUUGGCACUAUUGAACCCAUUUAUUCUGGGCGUAUUUCCAACCGGAAAUUGCUUUAGGCAGUCGUGGACAUUAAACAGGUACCGAGCAUAUCUAUAUCUCUGAUAGGUAACUCUUGCGCGUGUUUCGGGGGGGCCGCUCCAUUCAUGACACCCCAUGACGCCCAUAAUCGUAGAUUUAUCAUUUUUGCUCGAGCGCGCGCGUUCCGCAUUACAGCAACAAACAAAGCAGUAAAAAAUUGGAAAAAAUAUUAGCCCCAUCCGAUAUAUAAAUAUAAACAAGCAACAACACGGGCGAAGGCAAAAAGAAAAAAUAAAUAAAAGACAACAAAAUAUAUAUGUAGAGCUGAUAUGCGGAUCGUCAGCUUUGGCCCCAAAUGUGGAGAAAAGAGAGCUAAAAAAAAAAAAAAAAAAAAUAUACACAAAAAAAUAAUAAAUAAUAGCAGCGAAAAAAAGGCAGAAGAACAAGAGCAACACACAGACACACACACGACCACUCGAGCGUUUUCUCUAGGCCAGUGGGCGUGUGGGAGGGAGGGAGAUAGUGAUAUAGCAUAAAAGUUCAUUAACGGCAUGUGAGCUUUCCUCUUGUGAAUACACGCUGCCAAAUAAAAGAAGACUCAAGAAGAUGGCGCCCACCAUAUGCUCGGAGAAAAAGCAGCUGCGCGAAACGCGGCGACAUCAUGGCGUGGCCACAGCCGCCAUUUCAUCAGCAUCCGCAACCGCAUCCACCGCAUCAUCGUCCUCGUCCUUGUCCGUGGGAUCCACAUCUGCAGCUGCCGCCACACAAGCUAGUUCGGUGCUCAACCAUGUGGCCAAAGGUUCGAUGAACUCGAUGAGCCGCCGUCGACCGGCGCGAUUACAGCGCAGGAUGCCUCACAUCCUUGCCCGCGUGUCCUCCUUCUCCACGGACACGAGCAGCGGCGUGGAAACGGAGGUGGAGAUGGACUCCGAGCAGAGGAUGCAGCUGGACGACGACCGCUACUCGGAUGCCAGGAUCCAGGGACUGCAGCAACAGCCACAUUCCAGCAGCGACAACAUCAAGACAGUAUUACAGCCGACGACGGCUAGCGGAUAUAGUAGCAAGCAGAACCGAUCGGCCAGGGCCAAAAACUGUGAUCGAGAGGUGCCGCUCCAGAUAGAGGACGACCACGAUGGCGACAGUGGGUACGAGUACAGCCAGGAUCCCAUAAAGGAGCAGCACAUGUACCACCAGAAUAGCGAAGGCCUGUUGUCCAUUGCCAUCAAGACUAUCAAGCUGGUGCAGCGCAACAAGCUGCUGCAAAAGCGAUUGGCCCAACUGCAGCUGGAGACCUCGGAGUUCAUUGCCUCGGUGCUGGCCAACCCGGAAAAUCGCCAAUUCCGUGACAAAAUGUCGCCAAAGGCAGAGGCCAAGGUCAGCAACAUGCUGCUGCGCCACUAAAUUGAUCUGGAAAAGUCAAAACAGGCCCCAUUUCUGGACGUGAUAAGAGUUUUAUUUGAAAACAAAUUUUAAGUCAUAGCGAAUUGUAUUUGAUUUUUUAUGUAUUCGCCCAGAGCAUUUGUAUUCUGUCGCUUAAAGAUUUGACGUAUUUAUUCGCAUUGCUCGGCAUGUUGCGGCAACAUUUUAGGCAACAUCCAAGAAAUAUUGCCAGCUUCUGGGCUGAGCGUGUAAAUUACAUGGAAAAUAUAUGUAAAAUCCGAAUAUCAUGAAUACACGUAAUGUAUUAAGUUGUAAAUGCUUCGCUGCCUAUAUUUUUGAAAUUCCUUGUUACAAUUUUUGGCUUUUAUAUGCGAUAUGCAUAAAAAAUUUUUAUUAAUUUAAUACCUUUAAUUUAUUAUUACCAUAAUCGAAUAGAUUCCUUUUUUAAACGUAUUUUCAAAUUUGUCCACAAUACAUACAUUAUACACGUCCAGAAAUCCAAAUUUCAAUGGGCUUCGUUUUGAAAAAUUCGUACUGAUUAAAUAUACAAACAUAUUCAUCAAGGUUUAAUGAAGAAAUCGCUAUGCUAACAUUUACAAAAAAAAAGAAAAUAUUUAUACGAAUCCAAAAAGUCCAAAAGUGUAUCUGUAGUCGUUAAGAAAUUUUAUGUUUUACAGUCUCUACACUCAAGAAUUAAUUUAUAAUAAAUCUAUCUAAUACAUAUAUCUAGAUAACCCCAGCAUAAUCAAUGGAACCCUACUACGCUUUUCGCUUUAUACAACAAAUAGAUAUAGUGAGAAUUAAUUGAUAUGCAAAGCAAUUGGUUUAAAGAAAAAUACGUAAAUUUUUUUCGGUAUUAUUAAACUAACUGAUAUAUUUCAAUGAAUAUGCCUAAGUAUAUCGAAACUAUCAAAACGCUACAAAGCAACACAAAUCAAAGCAAAACCAAAAUACCAACUAAAAGCAAAUCUUUCCAAUUCUAAAUCUUUUAAUAAACCUCUCUGGCAUAUUCCUCCUACCUAAAGGAACAAAUCAUCCAACUCAUAACAAAAGAAUUCAUCAAUAAAAUUAGUGACCAAUU